GUUACCGCCGCACCCGCAUCGCACUCCAGUUUCGAUUGGAACGCUGUCAAGUAUGUCUAUGCGUUUGGUGAUUCGUACUCUUUUGUACAGGGCACUACAGGGUUUCCAAACUUCAGCUUCAUCGGAGACGCUUUCCACCCUGCAUUUACUUCGGAACAACUGCUUUCGAAUGAGAUCGUACCGAAAAAUACCAGCUCUGAUGGGUCUAACUGGCUUGAAUUAUUGACUGGAUGCGGUCAAGGACAUCCAUCUAAAUGCAAACAACAGCUCUGGGAUUUUGCCUUUGCUGGAGCUGACAUUGACAAGGAUUUGCAUGUCUGGCUCCCAUUGCAUCAUAACUUUACCGUGGACCUCGUAGAUCAAGUUAAUCAGUGGGCACAGUAUGCCUCGGACGUGAUCCCCCACAAGCCCAACAAAAGCACUAUGACCUUCUGGUGGAUCGGGAUCAAUGACACCAACGAUGUCGCAGGCCAGAAUGCAUGUAACUUCAAUGCUUUCUGGAACAGCGAGAUGGAUUCGUAUUUUAGAGCCGUCGAGCUUGCUUAUACAGUGGGCCUCCGCGGGACUCACUUGUUCGUAAAUGUACCUCCGGGCGAGCGUACACCAGCUUCACUUCCAAAUCCGACCAAGGCCGCGAUCCAGAAGCAACGCAUCGCCGAGUACAAUGCAGCCCUCGAUGCGCGCGUUGAUCAAUUUGCUGCUGCGCACCCGACCUCGACCGUAUUGAAGUUCGACGCCAACGCAUGGUUCAACAAGGUACUAAACAACUAUAAGAUGUUUGGGUUCAGCAAUAUAACCAGCUACUGCACAUGCAAAGAUCCGACAUUCUUUUGGUACAACACCGGCCACCCUACUGAACACGUCCACCGACUUCUUGCUCAGACUCUGGAAAUUGACUUG